GGCGGGGAGCCGAAGCGGGAGGGGCGCUCCCCCGCCCCUGGAACGGAAUCCUCCCGGGAGCGGAGCAGGCUAGCGAGCUUGCAUCCCGCACCAUACCCCUGCCCCCGGCCCCGGCCCGCGUCAGACCGAGCUGCCGCCGCCGCCACAGCAGCAGCAGCACUCGGGGAUCCGGGCCCAGCCGGGGCCGCGGGAGGCGGGGGCGCCGGAGCCCUGGAUGUCCCGCAGCGCGGCGGCCAGCGGCGGACCCAGGAGGCCAGAGCAGCAUCUGCCCCCUGCCCCCUGUGGGGCCCUGGGGCCCCCUGAAACCUCCAGGACGGAGCCAGCAGACGGGGCGGGCACCAUGAACAAGCUACGCCAGAGCCUGCGGCGGCGGAAACCAGCCUACGUGCCUGAGGCAUCGCGCCCACACCAGUGGCAGGCGGACGAGGACGCGGUGCGCAAGGGCACGUGCAGCUUCCCGGUCAGGUACCUGGGCCACGUGGAGGUGGAGGAGUCCCGGGGGAUGCACGUGUGUGAAGAUGCUGUGAAGAAGUUGAAGGCAAUGGGCCGGAAGUCUGUGAAGUCUGUCCUGUGGGUGUCAGCCGAUGGGCUCCGGGUGGUAGAUGACAAGACCAAGGACCUGCUGGUAGACCAGACCAUUGAAAAGGUCUCCUUCUGUGCUCCUGACCGCAACCUGGACAAGGCUUUCUCCUAUAUCUGCCGUGAUGGGACCACCCGCCGCUGGAUCUGCCACUGUUUCCUGGCGCUCAAGGACUCCGGAGAGAGGCUGAGCCACGCAGUGGGGUGUGCGUUUGCAGCCUGCCUAGAGCGGAAACAGCGGCGGGAGAAGGAGUGCGGAGUCACGGCUGCCUUUGACGCCAGCCGCACCAGCUUCGCCCGGGAGGGCUCCUUCCGCCUGUCUGGGGGUGGGCGGCCGGCUGAGAGAGAGGCUGCUGACAAAAAGAAAGCAGAGGCAGCAGCUGCCCCAACUGCGGCUCCUGGCCCUGCCCAGCCUGGGCACGUGUCCCCAACACCGGCCACCACAUCCCCUGGCGAGAAGGGUGAGGCGGGCACCCCAGUGGCUGCAGGCACCACUGCGGCUGCCAUCCCCCGGCGCCAUGCCCCCUUGGAGCAGCUGGUUCGCCAGGGCUCCUUCCGUGGGUUCCCGGCGCUCAGCCAGAAGAACUCACCUUUCAAACGGCAGCUGAGCCUACGGCUGAAUGAGCUGCCAUCCACGCUGCAGCGCCGCACUGACUUCCAGGUGAAGGGCACAGUGCCUGAGAUGGAACCUCCCAAUGCCAGUGACAGCGACAGCAUCAGCGCCCUGUGUACACAGAUCAGCUCAUCUUUUGCCAGUGCUGGAGCGCCAGCACCAGGGCCACCGCCAGCCUCAACAGGGACUUCUGCCUGGGGUGAGCCCUCCGCGCCCCCUGCAGCUGCCUUCCAGCCUGGGCACAAGCGGACCCCUUCGGAGGCCGAGAGGUGGCUGGAGGAGGUGUCCCAGGUGGCAAAGGCGCAGCAGCAGGCAGCCUCAGUGCCUGCCGUGCCCCCCGGCCUGCAGCCCUUCCCCGCCCCCGUGGGGCCCUUCGACGCCGCGCCUGCCCAGGUGGCCGUGUUCCUGCCGCCUCCACACAUGCAGCCCCCUUUUGUGCCCGCCUACCCGGGCUUGGGCUACCCGCCCAUGCCCCGCGUACCUGUGGUGGGCAUCACACCCUCACAGAUGGUGGCCAACGCCUUCUGCUCAGCCGCCCAGCUCCAGCCCCAGCCUGCCACCCUGAUUGGGAAAGCUGGGGCCUUCCCACCCCCUGCAGCACCCAGCGCCCCUGGGGGCCAGGCCCGUCCUCGCCCCAAUGGGGCGCCCUGGCCCCCAGAGCCAGCGCCCGCCCCGGCCCCUGAGUUGGACCCCUUUGAGGCCCAGUGGGCAGCGUUAGAAGGCAAACCUGCUGUAGAGAAGCCUUCCAACCCCUUCUCGGGCGACCUGCAGAAGACCUUCGAGAUUGAACUGUAGCCCGAGUCACCCCAUCAUCUCCAGGAGCCCCACACCUGGGAGUGGAGGCCCAACCUCUCCCCAGUCCUGCUCCCUGGGGCUGCACCCUCCUGACGACCUCUCUAACCCUUCUCUCGACCACCUCCCACGACCAGUACAGAACCGACAUUGUGACGCCCAGGUUGCGAUAGGAUGGAAUUCAGGGACGGACCCAGCCUGGCUAAGGGACCCAUUUCUCUGCCAGACUUAGGCUGGCAUGGCCCCCUCUCCCCGGAACCCAGACACAGGGGGAUGGCCACAAUCCCACCGAGUGCCCUCGGUUCCAGCUGUAUUUCCCAGUUUCUGUUGUUGACCUUCUACCUUCUAGUAUUGGGUGGGAUGGAGGAGGGAUGCCCACCUGGGGGCCCUCCUCGGCCCCAAACGAGUGCCCACCCCAAGUUUGGUCGUUCCCCCCCGCCCCCAUACACAGCACAAACAAAGGGCUUCCUUCUGCCCACCUGCUGCGUUCACUGCCAAUGCUGUGCUCACCCCUACCACCCCUCCCCUCCCCUUGGGGGCCCACAUGUUCUUUGGGCCAGGGUCUCACGGGGGUAGGGGGCCAAGUUGGGGGCCCAGGAGGCAGGUAGGGGGGAAGGGGAAGGGGAAGAAGAUGCUCAGUUACCUCACGUCGGUGCCCGCUGGGGAGGGGUCCGGGAAGAAGGAAGGGGGUGCCUGGCGGGUACUUUUCUAUCUUUUAUUUCCAGAUUUUUUUGUAUCUAAACUUGCAGAUUUGUAUUAUACAAGGACAGCCAAUAAAGGAAGAAUAUAAUGGUGCCCCUCUAGAAGGCAGGGUGUGUGUGCAGCGGGGAUGGUGUGGAGACAGAGCCUUUCCUCCUGAGUCAUCUCCUAAAACCAGAGGGAGUAAAAAGGGUCUCCCUGCAUUUUCACCCCUGAGUUGUAGCAUGGGAGCAGGUAACACUGACCCAGCACUCAAGAAGUGGGUUAUUAAUGGGUACCCCAAAUUAAUCACUCCAUUUCUGAUUCUUAUAGAUUUUGAAACAAGGAAUUAAAAAAACAUAUAAUCUGCUGCUAAUAACUUCAGUAUUAAAAUUUUAAAUAAUUA